AUGUCAAAGGUUGUAAGAAGUGUGAAGAAUGUGACCAAGGGGUACAGUGCGGUGCAGGUCAAGGUGCGAAAUGCUACUUCGAACGAUCCAUGGGGCCCAACGGGCACAGAUAUGGCAGAAAUUGCCGCCCUUACCUUCAACAACCCAAGUGAUUUCUACGAGAUCAUGGACAUGCUCGAUAAGCGCCUGAACGACAAGGGCAAAAAUUGGCGCCAUGUCUUGAAGUCUCUGAAAGUUCUUGAUUACUGUCUGCACGAAGGGUCAGAGUUGGUUGUCACUUGGGCGAGAAAGAACAUUUAUAUCAUCAAAACCUUGAGGGAAUUUCAAUAUAUUGAUGAAGAUGGCAGAGACGUCGGUCAGAAUGUCCGUACAUCCGCAAAGGAGCUCACCUCGCUGAUUCUGGAUGAAGAGCGUCUCAGAAGUGAGCGAUCUGACCGAAAACUCUGGAAAACUCGUGUCACUGGCAUAGACGAACAUGCCCCACAGGCAUUUUCGGGUCCUCCCCCUUCGCAUGUGCCGAGACGCGAUCGUGUUCAGGAUGAGGAAGAUGAACAGCUCAGACGGGCCCUUGCUGAGAGCCAGAGAGAGGCCGAUGAACAAGCUCGGAAGCAAAGGAAUGAGCAGGCUGAUCCUGAGGAAGACCCAGAGAUGCAAAGGGCAAAGAUGCUCAGUUUGGAGGAAGACAACCUUCGUCGACAAAAAAUUGAGGAAGAAAAUGCUGCGUCCUUGUUCGAUGACACGCCAGCUCCGACGCAGCCCCAGCCCACUGGAUAUAACCAAGGCUACCAACAACAGCCUGCCGUGGACUGGUUCGGAAACCUUCUUCAGCAGCAGCAACCUCAAACCACUGGAUUUCUCAACAAUCAGUAUGCUCAGCCACAGCAGACAGGGUAUCAGAAUGGUUUUCCAAAUGGAUUCCAGGGUGCUCCUCAACCAACUGGGUUUGACCAGUUUGGCCAACCAAACUUCCUUCAGCAGCAAAACACUCUGCAGCCGCAACAAACUGCAUUCCAGAAUAAUAACCCAUAUGGUUUACAACCUAAUGGUAGCUUCUUUGGAGCACAACCGGCUCAGCAGCAGCAGCAGCAGCAACCACAGCUUCAACUACAGCAACAGCCACUGCCAACGGGAUCCAACAACCCUUGGGCAGCUCAGUCGCCACAACCAGCCGAUCAAUUAAAGCCACUACCAACGGGUUCAAACAACCCCUUCGCACAAAAGACGCAGCAACCAUCGCCAUCGCCAUUCGCGCGUACUCAAACUCAACCCUCUCUGGGAACGCUUUACGAGUCGCAGCCAACAGCUCAAUUCGGUCAGCCAUCUCAGCCAAACCCGAUACUCAAUUAUCAAGCGCCUCAACCAACCUUCCAGCAACAACAGCAACAGCAGAAGCCCUUGAACCCGCAUCAUGAGAAACUCAAUGCCUUAUUAUCUACUGGAGAAGGCAUCGAUACUUUCGGCAACGUUGGAGACCUGCGUAUUCCUGCUCAGCAUACUGCUCCUGGCAACUUUGUCAAUUCAUCAGGGCAAGGUCUGGAGCGCCUGCGGGCUGCCCAAACCGGGACCAAUCCGUUCUUCUCACAGCAAGCAACAGGAUUUAGUCAACAGAAUCCAAAUCAGACGGGGCCUGCUGCUGGAUUUGGUGGUGGGUAUGGACAACAACCCAACAAUGCUUUUGGAGCCAGGCCAGUCGGGCAACAGAGCGGUAGCCUGAUCGACUUAUGA